CAAAAAUUCAGUGCAGAAGUCAAAAUAUGACAAAUAUUUUCUGCCGAAAUUAUCACAGAACGAAAUAUGACGACAAUACUGCCUCAAAUUUCAGUGCGGUUCGGAUUCGAAUCAAGAAAACAGCAUUCAGAUCCUAAAGUGAACCAUACAUCUUCGACCAUCUUAACCGUUCGCGAACGGAUGCUGGAAAGUGAUUUUUUCAGAUAAACCGCGGGACACCACACAAAUGAAGUGGCUUUUUUUGUCAUAUAAUUAAUUUUGCUGGCUUAACCCUCGACCGGAUUUCUGGCAAUCUGAGUUGUCCUCUUUCCUCCAUUGUUCUCUGUCGUGUGCAUCUCGUCUUCUCCAUUUCUCCGACGGCGAUGGCCGGACAGACGUGCUCGGCGCCGGCUUUAGCUGCACUUCUGUCAGCUGGCGAUAGAACAGGAAACGCAACGGCCGCGGCGGAGUACAUCUGCUCGAAGCUGGAGGCGGCGGCGCUUACGAGCGUCGAUAUCACGACGGCUGUUGAUACGACCUACCUCCUCUUUUCCGCCUACAUGGUGUUCGCCAUGCAACUCGGCUUCGCUAUGCUUUGCGCCGGGUCCGUUCGCGCCAAGAACACUAUGAACAUCAUGCUCACCAACGUCCUCGACGCAGCCGCCGGCGGCCUCUUCUACUACCUCUUCGGCUUCGCCUUCGCCUUCGGAUCUCCUUCCAACGGCUUCAUCGGCCGCUACUUCUUCGCACUAAAAUCCAUCCCAUCACCUGGAUUCGACUACUCCUACUUCCUCUUCCAGUGGGCCUUCGCAAUCGCUGCCGCCGGCAUCACAUCCGGCUCCAUCGCGGAGCGCACCCAAUUCGUCGCCUAUCUAAUUUACUCCUCUUUCCUCACCGGAUUCGUCUACCCCGUCGUCUCUCACUGGUUCUGGUCGCCCGACGGCUGGGCUGCAGCUAAUCGUGAUCCAUCCGCUUCCCUCCUAUUCCGCUCCGGCGUAAUCGACUUCGCCGGCUCCGGCGUAGUCCACAUGGUCGGUGGCAUUGCGGGCUUCUGGGGCGCUUUAAUCGAAGGCCCCCGCAUCGGCCGAUUCGAUCACAACGGCCGUCCCUUUGCCCUCCGCGGCCAUAGCGCCACUCUCGUUGUCCUCGGCUCCUUCAUGCUCUGGUUCGGCUGGUACGGCUUCAAUCCCGGCUCCUUCAUCACGAUCGUCAAAUCAUACGGCCCGAUCGGCUCCCCAAUCCACGGCCAAUGGUCCGCAGUCGGCCGCGCCGCCGUCACCACAACCCUCGCCGGCUGCUCCGCAGCCCUCACAACCCUCUUCGGAAAACGGCUUCAAACAGGACACUGGAACGUGUUCGACGUAUGCAACGGAUUGCUCGGUGGGUUCGCCGCAAUCACCGCGGGCUGCGCGGUGGUGGAUCCAUGGGCGGCCAUAAUCUGUGGCUUCGUGGCCGCGUGGGUGCUCAUCGGAUGCAAUAAACUCGCCGAGAGAUUUCACUACGAUGAUCCCUUAGAAGCCGCGCAGCUGCACGGCGGGUGCGGAGCUUGGGGCGUACUAUUCGCGGCGCUGUUCGCAAAGGAGGAGUUUGUGAAUGAGGCGUACCCGGGGAGGCCCGGCCGGCCGCAUGGUCUUCUCAUGGGAGGCGGAGGGAGGCUACUGGCGGCGCAUGUGAUCCAGAUCCUGGUGAUUUGCGGAUGGGUGAGCGCGACCAUGGGGGCGCUGUUCUACGGGUUGCGGAAGAUGGAUUUGCUCCGAAUCUCGGCGGAAGAUGAGUUGGCUGGCCUGGACGUUACUCGGCACGGCGGUUCUGCUUACGUUUACGAUGAAAAUUCCGGCGGGAACGGCGGCGACGACGGGGGGUUCAUAAUGAAGGGAUCCAAAUCAACGAAUCGGGUAUAGGAAGCCGUAAUGGUUUUUUUAAAUGUGUCUGAUUAUGUUGGGAAAGCUCGUCGUCAUGAAAGUUGGCCGUGAACGAAUUUUCAAUCUUUAGGGUUUUGAUCGUGAUGGGUAAUAAUUGAUGCAUAUAUAUUUUAUUAGAAUUUUGAGCCGAUUAAAGCCACUCAUAUACACAUCACAUGUAAAAAUUUUAAUCCAAACCUUUUUAUUAGUA